AUGGAUAUCGUGGGACCCUUCCCAAUGGCGACGGGUCAGCGGAAGUACCUGCUUGUCGUGGUCGAUUAUUUCUUCAAGUGGGUUGAAGUCGAGCCACUAGUCAGGAUAACCGAACAGAUGAGUAAUGGGCAGGCAAAAGUCGCCAAUCGGGAGAUAUUGCGGAUCCUGCAUGUACGGCUCGACCAUAUGGGAGGGAACUGGGUGGAUGAACUUUCUAGCGUGCUGUGGGAAAUCCGCACGACCCCCAAAGAAAGAACGGGAGCAACCCCUUUUCACUUGGUGUACGACGGUGAAGCAGUCGCCCCCGUUGAAGUUGGAGUAGAGUCCGACCGGAUAAAGUACUAUGACGAGGACAACGCCGAGCGGAGACUCUUGGAGCUGGACUUAGUGGACGAGGCACAUGCUAAAGCCGCCAUCCGACUGAUGUCCUAUCGACAAAGGAUGAGGCAGAACUACAAUCGAAGGGUAAUCCCAAGAUCAUUUCAGGUUGGCGACUUUGUAUGGAAUAAGGUAAAGCCGGUCGGCGAUGUUACCAAGUUGGAAGCUCCAUGGGCCGGACCCUUCAGGAUCGUGGAAAAGCUCCGCUCGGGCGCCUACUACCUAGAGGAUGAGGAUAGACGGCGAUUAGAACAUCCGUGGAGCGCGAACCAUCUCCAGUCAUAUCGAGCCGGAUGA